AUGGCUGACAGAUCGCUCAAAGAUCUGAACUACGGCCAUCCCGGUGCAGCGACCUACGACUUGGAGAACAGAGAAUGGACGUUUGCCAGGCCAUAUACCACACGCUCAUUCAAGCGCAUACGAACUUCGAAGGACGCGGAUUCUGCGAGCAGUCAUGCGACACCGGCAUUUUCUCUCUCUGCAGAAAUCCUAGCGAGUGGGACCAGCGUACAGAAAGAGAUCAGCACCAGCAUCGAAGAACACCCUCAGCUCUCUGCAGCAGCUGAAGUCCUCCCCGAUCUAGCUGUAGUAUCUGCUGCCAUAUCAUCCACGGCUUCGACGUACGAUCCGCUCGUCGGCGACCUACUGUCCUUCGGUUCGAUUACGCCCAAGGGUAGACAUGAGGCAUGGCGAAUAGCUGCAUUGCCGACUGGAGGAUCUGGGAGCAUAUUGCAGUUGUCAAUCCUGGACAACGAAAGACACGGUUGGACAGCAGACCCGAAGUCAUGGGUAGAAGGGCGAACCUUGAAAGAUACGGAGAGUGGCUUCUGGAACGAGGAAGCGGCACCGAUCCAGCAAGUUUGCUUUGCGCGUUCGGACGACAGCAGACCUUUUCUGGCUGUGCGACUGCCUACCCGUACGGUCCUCUUUCACCCAGACUACCACCGUCGACCACGCGCUUCCACUGUGUCACCGUUCUACCGCUUACCCGCCUCCUCUAUCGGACCCCACCCUAUGCUCAGCCUAAGUCAGAACGAUACUGAAGGCUCUGCUCAUGUCGACUUUACGUUCAAUCCAGACUUCCAGUUACAAUUUGCACUCGUCGACCUGAACCAAACAUGGAGUGUAUGGGACAUCGAGCAUCGGCCCAUACUUGGCACGUACUCGGCUUCAUGCCUGCUUCGUGGAAAGAUCGAUGAACUGGAAGAGGAUGGGGGCACAACUUGCGAAGACGGCUGGGCGAGGAUUUUCAUCGUUAGCAUCAAGGGCAGGACAACGUCAUACCUUCCCUGCCCAGAGCUCUUCAGUGAGCGAUCAGCAGACUGGAUCUUGGAUGUCAAGCGACAUCCGAGAGAUAGAAGUCGAGUUUUCGUCUUGACCUCUACUCGUCUAUUCCUUCUUUCGGUCACUGCACCGAGUGAGCUGCUUGCGAGGGCGGGCGAAGCUGGUGCUGUAGUCCUCACAUCAUUGCGACACUACCGGGGUGUGGAGGAUUUCACCCUCCACAUAAGCGUGCAGAUGCUGUCGGACGAUGUGAACAACUUAGUCCAAGUACAUAGCUUCCGCAGCAGUACCUCUGGUCCUUCCGGCCUCGUUACCAGUUCAGAUCCGACUCUCCUAGACCUACCCAUCGGUGGAUCCGCACACAUAACCAACUUGUACAUCGAUCCCAUGCAAUGGGAAUACGCAAAGAAAGACGUCUUCUUCCUCCAACUGUUUGUGACGCUGUCAGACUUGAGUAUACGCGAGCUGGUUGUCUGGAGCCAGAGCACCUCGACGGGACAUGCCGCCGGGAAUGACCACGCUGUUGUAGACUUCACGCUAAAUACCAUCAAACGCCCUAGAAACCUCACCUUGAACUCGAAACGACGCAACAAAGACGACGAUUUCAUAGUUCCUAACGGGUUGGUCACCACAGGGCUACCAAGCUCUAAGACCAUCAUACAGCAACCAGGGUUGCGCAAAUCCUCAGAUAGUACUGCCAUGCCGGACGCUCGGGACAAUGCUUCUCUGGGCGCUAUUCUAUCUCAGUCAAAGAGCGCGGCGGAGCAGGUCUCGGGUACCAUCGAUGCGGUGGCCGUCAUGGACCAAGUGAACGAAAUGUUGGCGACUGGUGCAGACUUGCCACCUUUACCAUUGGGUACUCUGAUGGAGUUUACGCGCACGCAGUUCCAUGUUGCAGACAUUGACGAAGCUUCGUCCAACUUUCAAGAGCUGUUCUCUUCGCCCAAUGGUCAGGAUACUGUGGAUGUCCAGCGUAUCGCAGCUAUGCGCGUACUCGGCUUGACCGACGACAGCGACCUCACCAUCUCCGAUGCGUACGAUAGUAUACUCCAGACAUGGGUUGCGCCUAUGCCUCCGGAUACGCCAAUUCGCGUUCGGCAACGCCAAGAACUUCUGGCUCGGCGAAUCGCUACGGAACUGAUGUUCUCAAGCACGUGUAUACGUGACGAUCGGAUCCAAGUGCCCGCUGUUGACAUACAGCGUGGGCAGAGUCAGGACAGUGCCGUAGCCUUACCCAUCUUGCCUGCAAGACCAAAGGAGGCUACCUUCAACUUCACCUCCAGAUAUCCUGCGUCUCAGCCGUUACCGACACCGCCAUACUCAUCUAUACCACCUUCGUCUUUGCCUCCAUCCUCUGUGUAUGGAUCGUCCCUACCCGAGAUACCUUCCGUUGAGCCAGCUUCAUCGGACCCCCUCAGUCGGCUUAGCAAGUAUCUUCAGACUUCCAAAGACCCGGUUAUCAUUCCGCCAAACGUGUCGCAAAGUCUCGCGCAUUGGGAAUCAGGAAAGGAUCCGCAGAUGUACAAUUGGGUCAGCAUGGAGCGUACUCUUCGGGCUGAAGAACUAGAUGAGGAGAGCCAGCAACAACGCGAGAAGGAACGCAAAAAGAAGGAACGCAGAGAAAAGCGCCAACAGCGUGAGAACGAGCUCAUGAGGGCCAAGACUGCGAGUCAACUUAAUGCAUAUCCGAGAAGCUCUCCAGGGCCCAUGCUGGGUGGCAUGGGUAGCAGCAGUCAGGUACCGAGUCAGAGCCAAAGUCAAAGCCAUGUACCAUUCCAGACUGGAGGCUUCAUGAUGCCACAAAGUCAAGUGGAGCGGGGCAAGUUUGGAGGAAAGCUAGACAAGAAGAAGAAAAAGAAGGGGAGGAUCAGUGGAUUUUGA